UGUAGGAACAGCCACGUUUUGGAUCCAGUGAGUUGCCAUAAGACGGAGCUGUGUGUAGGAAGGCGGCUAGAAGUGAAUUGAGAGAGAAUAUGGACCAAUAAAAUCCCCUUUGCCUUGUAGAAUAAGCAGAAUGGCAUCAAGAAAAGUUGGAAUGUCUUUAGCGGCCUGUCUACUGAACAUUUCAGAAGCCAGAAAUAAAGAAGUUGUUAAGAGAAUUGCAAGGGCGGCUUUAUUUGACAGUCAUGGUCAGAAACAUCCAGAUACAUCUGUUCUGAAUGUGUUCUCUGAUUAUGAUUACAACAGGUCAGUGAUCACAAUUGCUUCUACCAGAGAACAAAUAGGAAAAUCUGUUGUGUCUUCUUGUGUGGAAGGCUUUGCAUCUAUCAACCUAUCUGUACAUGAUGGAAUACAUCCAUGUCUCGGUGCCAUUGACCUAGUACCCAUCUAUCCUUUAUCAGGUAUAACACUGGAGCAGUGUGGUGAUAUUGCAAAAGGUAUUGCAGAAGAACUGGUCACACUUGUUCCAGGCAGCAGUGUAUUUCUUUUUGGCUAUGCCGACAGACCAGACAUGAAGAGCUUGGCAGAUAAGAGGCGAUCUAUUGGAUGGUUUAAGAAAAAAUCUGAAAUCCAUGUGGACUCCCUAAAAGCUGAUAUUGGGCCAAAACCAUCACCAAUGCAUGGGAUAACAGGUGUUGGUGCCAGCCCAUAUGUGAUGAACUGCAAUGUCACGCUUGACACACAAGACCUGGCUUUAGGUAGAGCUAUAGCUGCUGCCAUCCGUGGUCGGUCUGGAGGGCUUAAGGGAGUGCAAGCAAUGGCUUUCCCAAACAGUGGUCGGGUAGAAAUAGCCUGUAAUGUGGAGAGUUUCAGAGACAUUGAGGAGACUACUUCUUCAUCAGAAGCUAAUAAAUAUACAUUUCAUCAUAUUUGUGGAGAAAAGUUUGCACACAUAUCUCCGCAGUAUAUAGAGGCUCAGAUUGGACAAUUAGCUUCACAACACGGCACCAUCACAACAGGAACUGCCAUUGUUGGUUUCACUCCAUUAGAGUGCAAAUCCACAGCCGAAUAUGCAAUAUCACAUGGAAUAGGAGAGAUUUGGAAGAGGAGGCAAGCUGGUAUUUUUAUGUGAAAAACCUGAAAGUCCCCAGUUAUAAUAAAUAUGUAAUACAGUAAAACCUUGGAUUGCGAGCAUAAUUCGUUCUGGAAGCAUGCUUGUAAUCCA